CAGAUAAAGCAUAAAAAUAUUUUGUAACUAAAAGUAAAACGACGAAAACAGUUCAAUGCAUGGAAAUAUGACUGAAUUAACGGUGCCAAAGGCAACACGUGGACCCCAUGCUAAUAGGGAUUAUAAGAUGGUCGUAGUGGGGCACAGAGCCGUGGGAAAAUCAGCACUUGUCGUGAGAUUCUUAACAAAAAGAUUUAUCAGUGAAUAUCAAGAAAAUUCUGAAAUGACUUGCAAUGGAGUGGUAGAGGUAGAUGGCGAAAAAUUACAUUUGAAAAUACAAGAUACUUCAGAAAAAGGAAUCCGCGUUCCAACGGUUGAUCAUCAUUUCAGAUGGGCAGAUGCGAUUAUGCUUGUUUAUUCCGUAACAGACAAGAUGAGCUACCAGCGACUCCGCUAUGCCGCCACUCGAAUAAAAGAAAGAGUUGCAGAAUACGAGUCAUUGGAUGCAAAUGUACCUGGAAUGGUUGUCGUUGGUAACAAGGGAGACUUGGAUCACAUGAGGCAAGUAACACCACAACAAGGACUAAAACUAGCCAAUGAGCUUGGGUGUCAUUUUUACGAGACAUCAGCAAGUGAAGGUUGGUCGAAACAAUACAAUACUACGCCAACGAGGAAGGAAUCUUCUAACAAAUCACGACGCCGAUUAGGAGUUACAGAAAUGCAACGUCCGACUACUCUUUGGACUGAAACUAAAACACAGAAUGGAAGACGAAGAAGUGAUCCAGCAGUUGUGCUAAACACAAUAUUUGGAGUUAAAAUACCUGAAUCAAAAUCUCCAGUAAAUGACAUGAACAAUAACGAUUCAAAGAAAUCCAAUCUUUCUGUUCCAACUCCAACGGUUCCAUUUAUUUCAGUCUCUCCUUCGGAUGAGCUACCACCAGAGACACAGACCCAGAGUAGAGGCAGAAAGUUGAUGCAAAAACUCUCUCCGAGAUUUUCUAGAAAGUUUGGCGGUUCUAAACAAACAUCACCAAGAGCUAUGUCAAACAUCGGAGCGAGUUUAGCAAAAAUGGGUACUACUGGUUUAGCUGUUGGAACUAUGGGUCGUGACAGAUGUAACACUUUACCCAUACAGUCGUCCUUCCAACGAAAAGUCUCUGCAACAUCUAGAGUAAAUAGUUUACGUGCAGAUGGCAGAUGCAAUGGAACGUUACUCGAUAGCGCAAGCAGUAGCAACAGCAGUACAGAAAGCCUUUCAUUAAACGGAAAAGACACUGAUGCUUGCGCUACCUUCUUUCUCCGGCCUGAAACACCAGUAUCCGAUUCAACUACUUCAUCUAGUGAAGACGAAUUUGGAACAAACUCAGACACAACCAUAAUUAAUGGAAGCACUAGUGUGAAAAAACUUAUUAUUUCACCAAUUAGAAGAUCUCGUUCAAUAUGCCGAGACUUAAAUCUGGAGGAAUUGAUGAACAACCGUCGGUACAAUUCCGACAGUGAUCAUACUAAAAAUCGACUGCAUCCCGCUAUAAAUCACACAAGGGGGCACAGCGAAACUCGCGUGACGACACAACAACGUACAAAUGAAAACAAUAACUGUAACGUCUUAUCAUACGAUGUUGAGGAAACCCCAACUUUGCACGAGAAAACAUUUAACGCCUCAGAGCCUUUCAAGCAUCUAUGUCGUGAAGCUCGAACCACAAGACGUUUGAGAGAACGUAAAACUCCUUCUAAACUUUUUAGGGAAGGAAUUCGAAAAAUCAAAACAUCGUUUGCAAAUGAUCAAGCGCAUCAAAACACACAACAUCAAGGACAUUUUAAAAACCACCAUUUUCAUGUGACCGCUGGAGUUCACUAACUGUUCCAAAUACAUUAUAUAUAUUAUAGGUUAUCUGUAAUAAUUACCUAACCAUAAAUUAAGAAUAUCUUCCGCGGCACAUAAAUGGAUCUAGUAAUCCAUCCACAUUUAUGAUAUUUCCAUAUUUAAUUGGUGUAUACGUUAUCGUCAACUAAUUGGUUCAAUUUACUGGAAUUUGCGUGCACAAGAACAUACUCGACCUGUACCUUUUCGAGCAGCCGACAGGUGAAAUAAUAAGAUUCGCAGAACAAGUCUAAAAUCUUUCAAUAUUCACCUAAAAUGUUUCAUUUGAGUGGAAGGUUUCCCUUGUGAUUUUGUAGGUUAUUUGCUAAACUUGUAAUAAAAAUGUAAUGCAAAUUUCAUAUAUAAGGAACGCAAUUUUAAACCCCGAUUACACAAAAAUCUGAUUAAUUUGCUCAAUGUUUAAGAUAUAAUAUUUUAUUUUGUCUACUCGUUUCUUUUCAGUAUUGUGUUUUAUAAUUUUCAUAAUUAUUGCUCGUGUGAAUACAUUUGACUUUACAUUGCUUGAUU